AUGGAAUCUAAGUCAGUCACAAUAAGUGCAAAAUUACAACAAUCCAAUUAUUCUGCAAUUUCAAAUCUUCCCAAACAUGUUAUCAGCUAAAUUAAAAGAGAAGGUGACUUAUAUAUUUAAGCUGCUGGUAAGUGUGAGAAAAUUUGGAAUGAGAUGAGGAAGAAUGAUUUUAUAACUGAUGCUUAAUUAAACUUCAUUACAGCGCAAAGGGUUUUCGAUGCUUGCAGGACAGAAAUUGUUCAAUUAUUGAAACUGUAAAAUGAUUAAGACUUCUUUGAACUGUUUGAUUAAGAUAAUGAUGGAAUUCUAAAUGAGGAUGAGUAAAUCUUGGUGUUUUCAGUCAUUAAAGAAAAAAUGCAUUAAGUGGCUACAGCCUUACUAAAAAUAUAGGAAUAUAUAUUAUUUAAAUAGUUGAUGAAAGAACUACGAAUCUUGGAGGCAAACAUAGCACAUUAUUAGAAUUAGCUCAGAUAGAGAAUCUCAUUAAAAGAAAGAAAAGUUUACAAAGAAAUUGGGUAGGAAAAAUUGGAUGAUUUCUAUGAUUAAUAUUAUUAGGAAUUUUAAUAGCUUAUUAAAUAUAAGAUAGACAGAAGAGCAUAAUUAAAAUAAACUCAAGAAAAUGAACUUGGUUUGUUAGAGGAUCGCUUAUCUAAAGAUACAGAACUUAUGAAAGUUAAGCCAAAGAAAAAGUUGAAGGAUUUACAAACCUAAGAAAAAUUAGUUAGUUUAGAAGAAAGAGUUGAAGAAGCCUUAGACUUUCGAAAAGAACUUAAAGACUUGGAGAAAAACGAGUAAGAUAGAGUCUAUAAAGUCUAAAAAUAUCGAAUCGAAAAAUAACAUAGUGAUUUAUUAUUCAAAUAGUAGAAGGAAAGAGAGCAGUUAGAAGGUAAACUCUAAGAAACGGAAUACAAGUUAAUAAUUCAAAUGAAGAAGGCAUAUGAUGUAUUACUUAAACAAAUUAAUUUACACAAUAAUGAAAUCACUCGAAUACAAAGCUUGUCGACUAAUUUAGCUUUGAAGAAGGGAUUGUAUGAGGGAGAAGCAAAAAGAUAGAAGGUCUAAGCUCAAUUGUAGAAUGGGAUUAUUGCAUAAACUAAAGCUAUUAGCAAUUAGGAUAAAAAAAUGAAUGAAUUAGAAGAAUUUUAAGAGUCAGAAACUAUAAGAAAGUUGGAAACUAGAAAGAGCAUGCAAAUCUCUGGAUCUCCAGGCUAACAUAUUAUAUCAGAAGAAAGUGAUAAAACACCUAUGGGUUAGACAUUUAAAUUUGGGAAGAACAAGAAUUUCUAUUCAAUUAGAAAAAUAAUUAAAGAAUCAAAGAAUAUUACUUAAUUUUAUAUUCAGAAAAAAUAUGGAGCAGACCUACCUGUUAAUUUUGUGAAAAGUGCUCAUAAUCUAUAAGGUGAUCAACAUGAAAAGAUUGAGAGAUUUUUAUCGGUUAAGAAGAAAUCUCAUCAUGAUCUCUUGCCUCCGAUAACCUAAUUGUAUGACGAUGAUAUGCAAGAGAGACCAAUUAAAGGAAUUACUAAGAGUGAUGAAGAAAUUUAAAAGGAUAAAGCAUUAAAAAGAGCCUUUAUAAAUGAGAAGCUCUUCAGGAAUGAUUGA